CCCAUGGCAAUUGGACAUUGUUGAAUAUAUUGAAUGGUCUUAAAAUUAGCUGCCAGAUAACAGCCAUGUAAUCAUGUCUGCCCAGAGGCCUCAGGGAAUCACAUAUCAUAAUUUGUACUGUCCAAUUUACAAGGUGAUUAUUUUUUUAAACGUGCAGAUGCUGGAAAUCUCAAACAAAAAUGAGAAGAUGUUGGAAAUAUUCAGCAGAUCGGGUAGCGUCUGAACUACAGUCAUUUAUUGUAUUAACUGCUUCCUGAAUAACUCUAUGAAUCAUUCUAGCACUGAAAGUAUACUGCUGUAGAAUAUGAAUUAUAGACACGACAGGUUUCUCUCUUAUUACCUAAUAGCUUCGUAUUGUUUUCUAUAAAAUUUCAUUGGUGCCCAAACCAGUAAGAAUAAUUCUCCGCAAUUCGAAUGGUUUGGGAAUGUAUUUAAAAUAAUUCCAAAACCUUCUGAGCCUGUCACAAGUUGUUAAUAGGAGCAUUUUGCAACAUUUCAUGCUCAUGUGACAUUUAGGACAGGAGGGGGGAAAGCAUUAUUCGCCCUGCAGUGUGUGAACGGGAAAUCUCCCGUUGUUGCAAGACUCUGGAGUUUAAUUUCGUCCCCCACUCUUACUCUUGUGCGGCGCUCACUCUGGGCUUCUCCUUCCCGGCUGUGUUUGCAGCCGGCGGUUCCCUAUAGCAACCUGCAAGACUGCGCAUACCAUGACUCUGUGGACUCAAGGACCGGUUUGUACGAGGAGUGCGAAACUCGCAGUUGGCCUGAAGUUGCAAAGUGGACCAAAGAGACAGCGAGAAGAAUUCAGGAGAAUGCAAGAAACUGUGCUACAGAGAACUGUCUUCACAUAUUCAGACUGCUAAUUAAAAUGCAGAUGCUUCAAACAAUUCACGGUCCAAUAUGGUGGAUGAGAAUUCUGCAAUAGACCUUGGAAAGGAUCGCAUCAACAGUUGGAUUCUGUGAUGAGGCUCCCAGUAACAGUGAGCAACUACUGAGUCAGACAUGGCCCAACCAAGGCCAAGUCAUGAUGAAACAACAUGAUCGUAUAGGUUUUAACUCUGGGCAGAAAUUCCACUCAGUAACAUUACCAAACUUUAUUGCACUGCUUACCAAUCUAAAAUGAAUGAGGUUACCAUCAAUCCUACGCGCGACGUCAGGAGGUUCUCAUCACAGACUGACAGUGGGGUUAUCUCGGAUUCAUCCGAUAAGUUUGACUCAUGGUCAUUGUGUCCAAAGGAACUUGAGAAAGAAAAGAUUGGGGGUGGAUCUGAAGUUGACCAGGCUCAUAACUCCAGUGCUAGCUCUGGUGGAGAUAAGUGUGAUCAGCAAGAAACUGAGAGGGAGACCGCCAACCGGAAACACCUUUGUGGGGAACUGGAAAUCACCAAAUGUUCAUCCAUUCACAGGCUUUUAAUAGUUUGUAAUAAUGUUAAGCGGUGCUCUGAUAUUACAGGUGCAUCAUGGCCACAUGUGACUGUGGUGAAUUAUGCCUACGAGUCCUCUACGCUGGAUUCAAUUUCUGCACAAGUGGCUGAAGCUUUGAAUGGAAAGCAAGUAAUAUCUGUAGCCUUUGUUCUGUACAAUCAGCAAGAUGCGAUACAUAUUUGCGGGGCUGGAGUGGUUCAGACACUCGCGCCAAUUUCUAUCCACAAGCAAUUAGCUGUGCGGAGAUUCUUUAACAAUAUUGUGACCAACCACAUUGAUGUGGAAGAUUCAGAUACCAGGAUGGAUAUUCUGGGCUGUACUGCCCUGAUGACUACAGACUUGGAGGAAGUCAAGAGGGAGUUGCAGAGGCUGACAAGUGUUCCUGUUGGUAUGACAAGAAGCGUGCUGGGCGACGAGUUGGUGGCAGGUCCAAACCAGGUGCCGGGGGAUGUAAAGAUGCACAUUCUGGAUCUCUACUGUGAAAGCGAGAAGUUGAAACGGCCGCAUCCCCAAACACUGGCAGAGUUUGAAAAGAUACACAUAGUGGGAAAAGGAGCCUAUGGGACAGCAGUUCUGUAUCGGAAGAAGGAUGAUGACUCCCUGGUCAUUCUUAAAGAGAUCAACAUGCACGAGCUGAACCACAUUGAAAGACAGAGGGCAUUGAAUGAGGUGAAGGUGCUUUCCAUGUUAGAUCACCCCAAUAUCAUUAAUUACUACGACAGCUUUGAGGAGGAUGGCGUACUGAUGAUUGAGAUGGAAUAUGCAGAAGGAGGAACACUGGCACAGUACUUGGCACAGCAGGAUCGAGAGUUGGAAGAGCUGGAAAUCCUAAACCUCUUCCACCAGAUAGUGGCUGCCAUCUGUUACCUCCAUGAACACAGCGUGUUGCACCGAGAUUUAAAGACGGCCAACCUUUUCCUCACAAAAGAAGGUGACGUGAAGCUCGGUGAUUUUGGGGUGGCCAAAGUGAUGAUGACAGGAAGUGAGGCACACACCAUCUUGGGAACUCCAUAUUACAUCUCACCCGAAAUCUGUGAGGGAAAAUGUUACAAUGAUAAAUCGGACAUCUGGUCGCUUGGUUGUAUUCUUUAUGAGAUGGCAUGUCGUCAGCGCACUUUUGAAGGGACAAAUCUAUCAGCAGUGGUAAAUAAGAUCAUGAAAGGGCAAUUUGCUCCCAUCACCGAUAACUACAGUGCUGAGUUUAAAGCCCUUGUGUUGGACAUGCUGCAAAAGGAGACUCAGUACCGUCCAUCUGCCCACGAGCUGCUGUACAGUCGGCUCCCUGAAAUCAUGGCAAAAUAUGAAGCAACUCCAAUUGAGGAGGAAGAGCCAGGGACAGGCGUACAACGUGGCUUGACUCGCAAGAGGAAUGGACGCACAGCCCUUUAUUAUUUCUGCAUGUCUGAUCUGGAGCUCUUCCCUAUUGAAGGGCUGCCUGCAAAGAUUAAAAUUGGACAGAUUGCUGUAUCUGACAAGCACAUGAUAGCAGUCACUGCAGAUCGAGCAGUGUACACAUGGGGAAUCAAUCUGAAAGGCCAGCUUGGUCAUGGAGAUCUGCAAUCACGUUCACGACCUCAGCUGGUGGAAGCCCUCAAAGGAAAGUUUAUUGCCAGGGCCUGUGCUGGAGAAGGAUUUAGUGUGUUUGUCAGUGACAAUGGAAUUGUAAUGACCUCUGGAGAUGGAGCCCAUGGCUGCUUGGGACACGGCGAUCUCUUCAGCACCUCCAGACCGUGUUUGAUUGAAGCCCUGCUCGGCGUAAACGUCCAGGUCAUUGCCUGUGGCCGGCACCAUGUGGUCUGUGUCAGUGGAGAUGGCGAGGUGUUUUCAUGGGGCAGUGGAAAAUGUGGCCAACUGGGGCUUGGGAAUGAUGUCAAUAGCUGCUUGCCAAUGAAAAUAACAUUCGAGGAGCAGAUCUUUGUAAAAGACGUGAAAUGUGGCUUAGAUGGGACCAUGUUUUUAACAGAUAGCGGUGGCCCUCUGGCCUGUGGGAAUAACCAAUACAAUAAACUCGGCUUGAAUGAAAGACGAGGCCUUCUCAUGCAGAUGACAACGCUGUUUGCAAGAACUGAUGUUGAAGGCAGAAAGGUUCCCACUCUGGUGAAGGCAUUGAGAAACCAACAUGUGCGGGAUGCAGUGCUGGGUCCCUCACACACCAUUGUACUGGUGGAGCCAGGAAAUAUCUAUACCUUUGGGAGGAACACAGAGGGUCAGCUUGGCACGGGUAACACUAAACCCUAUAAAGUGCCAGUGCAUGUGAAGCAACUGCUGCAUAAAACCAUUACUAUGAUCAGCUGUGGAGAGACAUUCAGCGUUGCUGGAACAGACGAUAAUAAUAUCCUCUUCUGGGGCACUAAGUCCAGGUCGGUGCUCUCCCACAACCCAUCGAGUGUAGUCACAGUGCAUCGGGCAAGUGCUUCUGCCAGCACAGCAUCACCUUCAAAGCCCCUUACUGGAACUGCCUGUCACAAACAAUGUGAGAGACAUGGUGAAAAUGAAAAGCAGCUUGUGGGAAUCAGUACCGUCAAACCUCCUGAUGACGACAAGUCAAACGCACCAGAACCACCACAUUCACAGAAGGACAAUAGUUGGUCAAAAGUUGCUUCACUGGACGAGCGCAUGACAUCAAUUAAAGGCCAGAGGAAAGCUAUGAGAGAUCAACUAGAAAUCACCCCUGGGAGCAUUCGGUCUGAGUGUAAGAACCUGCAAGAAUCUGCCAGUUCAAAACAAAACACUUUAGGGAGUGGGAACAGCCUUCAGGAAGGAGAAAGUAGCCAUCUGGUUCCUGUUGCUAUUGUGUCUUUGAAGCAGAACUUGCAGGACCAUGCUGAUGUGUGUGUGCCCUGUCUCAGGAGUAUCGUCUGUAACAGGGAGAGCAUCUAUGUCCUUGUGGAGGGCACGGAUCCACCUUGUCACAAGCCUGCCAGGAAGUAUCGGAGCUUUCGAAGGCGUGGAAACCGCGAGCAAGGACGUACCCUUCAUUAUUCCCACUCCAGCAAUGAAGCUGAAGAUGAGUACACGAGCUCCGAGAUGUCUGAGCUGGAGACCAGUAACUUUAUCCCAACAUGGAUUAGAAAUGAACUGAAUGAUGCAGUCCCGAUGGAAGCACGGGGAGAUGAGAGGGGCAAUGAAACUGGCACCAUCGCCACCUCAGCCAGCACAACAGCAGCACACUGGAGCCCCACGGGCAAAACCAACACAGAGGGGACCAUCGCACCAGCUAAAAAGGAGGUAGUCGUAGCUUUGAAAAAACCAAGUGGUAACGGAAGUUUAGCAAAACACAGCAACGUCUCCACGUCAGGAAGUUCAGACGGACAUCCAAUCUUCAUCAAACCACAGAUUGCCAGAGAUAAAGAUGAACAUGUACAAGAUUUUUCUGUGUCCGCAAGCCAGAGGGGACAUUACCAAACUGAGGUGGAUGUGGGCUCAAUCUCAACUCAGAUCUGCUCCAAUCCAGGUACAACUUGUGGUAGAAAUAUCUCCAAUUCUCCAUGGAAACCAGGAAUGCUGAACACUCCGGGUACUGGAAACCAAAAAUCACUUAACAGACUCCGAGUUGGCAGAGGACGUGGAAAGAGUAGAGUAAGAUGGUGAAGGAGAUUGUUGUUCGAUGAUACAGCAAGUUAGUGGAGAAAGGUUAAAGAUAGGACAUGCAUAUUUGGGCAAGGUUUCCUUCACUAUUAGGCCCACAGGAAGACUUUAUUAAACAUAGCAUCAUAUUUUUAAAAUAAUUUUCACACGAUUGAAUUUGAAUUAUAUUUAGUGGUCAGACUCAAUGGGUAUUGAGAGCUUUGAAUCAGAAUGCAAUAGAUAAUAAAGAAACAAAGAACUGCAGAUGCUGGAAUCUU